GUUCAAUAUUUACAUGAAUUGAAUCCUCCGGUCAUUCAUAGAGACCUCAAACCUGACAAUAUAUUACUGGCGAAGACUGUAAGGAACGGCAGGUUUUUCAAAGUAUGUGACUUUGGUUUGGCUACUUUUCACCAGCACUCGUCAGAUAAGGGAGACCUGAGAUAUUGUGCCCCAGAAGUGAGUCGAGGAGUGGUCUAUAACCAUAAGAUAGAUGUCUAUAAUUUGGCUAAAAUUGCAGAAAAUAUUUUUGGGAUUAAUUUGGAAGACAACCCGUAUUUAGAAAAGUAUUCAGACAAUGAAGUUAUAAACAAUUGUGUGAUUAAAUUAACACAAGUAUUGCAUACAAUGUCAUAUUAUAACUGGAAUCACCCGCACAUACCCGGCCCUCACUGGACAGACAGACCCGAGUGUUCACAAGUAUUAUCGGAAUAUAAUGAGUGGUUUAUUGAUAAGAAUUGUCUCAAAACUGAUCCCACAUUUAAAUCCACACUAAAACUCAUUCAACAAAAUGAUAAUAAG